AUGGUCUUAGCUACUCAGCCUGUACAUACAAUUUCUGAUAUGGGAGAAGACAUCUGUGAGAAAGCCAAGUUCUCAGGUCUAGUCAGAAUCGAGAACUCAGGGGAAGUUUCCGGAAGACACAGAGUUCUCCUAUUUGCAAGGCCUAUCAUGCCUAGCGAACGAAAUCCCUUGAACCAAUUGGUUGGAUUUCAGAGUGUGAGCUUAAAUUCAGGAGAAAGAACGAAACUAGAAUUUAUUAUAAGCCCCUGUGAAAACCUUGGCACAGCCACUGAAGAUGGUUUGAUGGUAAUAGAAGAGGGGUAUAAAUACCUGAUGUUAGAAGAUGAAGAGCAUCCCAUUAACAUUGUAAUUUGA